AUGGCGGCCCGCGUGGGCCUGUUGAGCCGCUUACCCCUGUGUACGCGGAGAAGUCAAAUCCUGCGUCCAAUUCACAGGCUUCUGAGUUGCCCGGGAACCGCGGCCGCAGACGCCAGGAGGGAGCGGCAGCCCUCCGGGAGCACGGAGACAGGCUCUGAGGAAAGGACUCCCAAAAAGAGAUUCUCUGAGGUACAGAAAGAAAGACGAGAACAGGCACAACGGACUAUUUUAAUACUUUGCCCAAAUAAAACCAGUGAAAAAAAGUUUCUCAAGUACUUAUCCCAACAUGGACCUAUAAAUAAUCAUUUCUUCUUUGAAAGCUUUGGUCUUUAUGCUGUUGUAGAAUUCUGUCAAAAGGAAAGUGUAGCUUCACUGCAGAAUUUAACUCGUACUCCGAGCAUGGGCACAGAAGCUGCAAUUCCAUUCAGAUCACGUUUCUUCAAUUUAAAGUUGAAGAAUUCCUCAGACCAGACUUCGGAACAGCCAUAUAUGCCACGUUGUAAUCAGUCGCCUCCUUCAAGCAAGAAACUCUUUGAGUUACUUUGUGAUGCUGAAAGUAUCGAUGAUCAGCUGAACACGCUCUUGAAGGAGUUCCAGCUCACAGAGGAGAACACGAAGCUCCGCUAUCUCACCUGUUCCCUUAUUGAAGACAUAGCAGCUGCAUAUUUUCCAGGCUGUGCAGUCAGACCUUUUGGCUCUUCAGUGAACAGUUUUGGGAAAUUAGGAUGUGAUUUGGAUAUGUUUUUGGCUCUAGAUGAAAUUGGAAAUUUCAAUGCUCACAAGACUUCAGGAAAUUUUCUGAUGGAAUUUCAAGUGAAAAAUGUUCCUUCAGAAAGGAUUGCAACUCAGAAGAUCCUCUCUGUGAUAGGAGAAUGCCUUGACAACUUUGGCCCUGGUUGUGUGGGUGUACAAAAAAUAUUAAAUGCUCGGUGUCCGCUGGUGAGAUUCUCACAUCAGGCCUCUGGAUUUCAGUGCGAUUUGACUACUAACAAUAGGAUUGCCUUGAAAAGUUCUGAACUCCUUUAUAUAUACGGUACCCUGGAUUCACGAGUGAGAGCCAUGGUGUUUAGUAUUCGUUGCUGGGCUCGAGCACAUUCAUUAACAAGUAGUAUUCCCGGUGCUUGGAUUACAAAUUUCUCCCUUACAAUGAUGGUCAUCUUUUUUCUCCAGAGGAGAUCACCCCCUAUUCUUCCAACACUAGACUACUUAAAAACCCUAGCAGAUGCAGAAGAUAAAUGUAUAAUAGAAGGCCACAACUGUACAUUCAUUAGUGACUUGAAUAGAAUUGAACCUUCAAAAAACACAGAACCAUUAGAAUUACUACUGAAGGAAUUUUUUGAAUUUUUUGGAAAUUUCGCUUUCAAUAAAAAUUCCAUAAAUAUUCGACAGGGAAGAGAACAGAACAAACCUGAAUCUUCUCCAUUGCACAUUCAGAAUCCUUUUGAAACUUCUCUCAACAUCAGUAAAAAUGUAAGUCAAAGCCAACUGCAAAAAUUUGUGGAUCUGGCCAGAGAAAGUGCCUGGAUUUUACAUCAGGAAGAGAAAGAUCACCCUUCCCCGUCAAGUAAUCAGCCAUGGGGGCUGGCAGCCUUGCUGCUACCUUCCAUAGCCAAGAGUACGUCUCAUGGCAAGAAGAAAAGGAAGAAGCCUGCAAGUGAGAGAAUUAAAAACUUGUUGGAAUCCAUAAAAAGUCCAGAAAAUUCCACAAACACCAAUGGGAAAAGAACAGUUAAUACACAGGCAUAA